CCUUGUCAUUGUAAAGUAAUGUUACGUGCUGCCAAUUUCAUUCGCCCAGCAUCCAAAAUGUCAAUAAAUAUGGCCAAAGGUACAUGUGACCGUGGACAUCAAGCGUAAAGCGCGCACCCUGACAGGUUCUGAUACCAGUGUUCUCUCACGCGAUAUAGGCUUUGCAACGUCUUCUCGCCCUAGCUCUCUCGUCUCGACCUCAGAACUUUCGGAGAAUGCCAACUUCAAGAUCCUGGACGGGUCUUGGCAUAUGCCUAAUAUCCAGAGAGACCCAUACAAGGAAUAUCUCGAGAAACGUAUUCCAGGGGCACAAUUUUUCGGCAUUGAUGAAAUCAAAGAUCAUUCGUCAGACCUCCCUCAUAUGCUGCCAUCAAAAGAUGCCUUUGCAGGCGCUGUAGGCAAACUAGGCAUAAGCAACAGUGACCAUGUCGUGAUUUAUGAUAGUCUUGGUGUCAUCUCCGCUUGCAGAGUAUAUUGGACCUUCCGAGUCUUUGGACAUCAAAAGGUCUCUGUGCUUAAUGGUGGAUUACCGAAGUGGAUCGCGGAAGGUCGACCUGUUGAAAACGGAGAACCCGAGUCAAUUUCGCCUGUUGAAUACAAUGUCACGGAGGUGAAUGAGAAAUUGGUUCGGGACUACGAGACCAUUAUCAACAAUGCGAAGAAGUUCAAAAAUGGAGGCAGUGGCUUCUUAGUCGCUGACGCUAGAUCUCACUCCAGGUUUACUGGUGAGGCUCCAGAACCCAGAGCAUCCCUCAGCUCCGGCCAUAUGCCUGGAAGUGUCAGCAUGCCAUUCCAAGAUUUGAUGUCUGGAACUGAAUUUUUGAGCGAUGAAGCUCUGAAGGAAAAGUGGAGUGGUAAGAUCGCUGACUUGAAUCAGGAGAUUGUGACCAGCUGCGGAAGUGGCAUUACCGCUUCAAUCCUCUAUUUCACCUUGGAGCGCAUUGGAGCGCAAAAUAUUUCUGUCUAUGACGGUUCCUGGACAGAGUAUGCUGGUAGAAAGGAAAGUAUCAUCGAAAAGGAAUAAACCAACGGUGAUAAGUUUCAAUAUGAUUUUGUCGAUUUCACUAGUUCAUUCAUAAUUUGAUCAUUCAAUUUAUUGUUAUGCUGGGACGUUUUGGCAAAUAUAUACACAGUUUAUAGCUUCAUAUCACUUCUAUGGAUGUCUAUUUUACGCGGUUUUAUUGUGACAUGGGUGUCUGGUGGUGUUCGGCGGUUGCACCUAUCAAUGCAUUGCUCAAGGGCCCGUCGUGGCAGAUCUCGGGAUGAACGUAGAAAACUUGCUUUGGCUUGACAAUCUUUC